AUGGCAGAAGCAACCAGGACCAGUUUGCUCGCACAAAUCGAUAAUGACCAAAAAGAUCUUGUGCAAGCUACACAAUUGCUAGUUCAGGCUGGCUCCCCCAAUCCUCCAGGCGACGUGUCAAAGGCAGCCCAAGCAGCGGUCGGACUGAUACACCAGGCGAUUCCCUCCGCCAUCGUCACCACACAUGAGACUGCUCCAGGCAUUGUCAACGUGGUUGCCGUCAUCCAGGGCAACGGCGGUCCAGGAAAGCGACUGGUUUUCAAUGGCCAUCUAGAUACAUAUCCAUUCGGCGACGAGUCAAAAUGGACACAUGGGCCUCUAAGCGGAACACUGUCCGACGAUGGCAAACGACUCUAUGGCAGAGGCUCCUCAGACAUGAAGGGUGGCAUUGCGGCCGCGAUUAUUGCGUGCCGUGCUCUAGAGGCACACAAAGACUCAUGGGCUGGAGAGAUUGUCAUCGCCUUGGCUGGAGACGAAGAAACGAUGGGCACUCUCGGCUCUGGAUUUCUACUCGACAAUGUCGAUGCUGUCAAGUGUGACGCCAUGAUCUGUCCCGACGCAGGAAGUCCACUUGUUGUUAGAGUUGGCGAGAAGGGCUUGAUCUGGGUCGAAAUAAGCGCAUCAGGUGUUCCUGCACAUGGUGCGCACGUACACAAGGGGGUCAAUGGCAUUGAGAGACUACUUGUGGCACUGCAACUGCUGAAAGGCUUAGAAAAGCUACCACCGAAUGCCCCAAAGGAAGUAGACGAAGUUAUAGCCGCGGCAAAAGGCGUGUCGGAGCCACUGGGCGGCAUUGGGGAGCAGGAUACUUUGCAACGGUUGACGGUGAAUAUCGGCACCAUCAGUGGAGGAACGUCGCCAAACCUUGUUCCCGAUGAAGCUCACGCGGCCGCUGACAUUCGGCUUCCGAUGGGCAUAAGCACGGAUGAGGUCAUUGAGCAACUCCACAGCGCACUGGAUCCUCUAGAGGGCGUGUCGUUCAAAGUCACAAGGCAGUACGAACCAUCGUGGACAUCACCGUCGGAGGAUAUUGUGAGGUAUUCUUUGGAAGCGGCCAGGUUCGUGGUUAGCCCACAGGCGAUGCCCAAUAUGAGAGUAGGUGCGUCAGAUUCAAGGUUAUUUAGACAAAAGGGCAUCCCGACUGUGGUUGUAGGGUUGACACCUUACAAUAUGGGCGGUCCGGAUGAGUACAUUGCAACAGAUGAGCUCGCCCAGGUCGCAAAGAUCCAUGCGCUCAGUGCGUGGCAGUUUUUGCAGCCUUCAGGAGAGGCUGAGUAG